AUGCUGCAGGGCGACGGCCCCUCGGGACCGCCGAGCAAGCCCGAGGCCGGCGUCUGCUCGCUGGCGCUGCCCUCGGACCGCCAGCUCGAGAGCCGGGGCCGCCAGGCGGCCGAGGCCCAGCGGCUGCGCAGCGCCCGCGUCCAGGAGCAGGUCCGGCUCCGCAUGAUGCUCAAGGGCCAGGCGGCCCCCCGGCCCCCGGGGCUCGGGCUCGACUUCGCCGAGGCCGCAGGCGGCCAGUCCAGCGCGACGCUGCGCCCGGCCUUCAGCUCCCGCUCCCAGGGCAACAGCUCAGACGCCCAAGGCACGCUCUACCAGCCGCCGGGCAGGACCGGCUACGGCACCCUCGCGGGCAGCGGCUGGUCGUCGCGGUCGGCGGUGGACCUGGCGCCUCGCAAGCAGCCGGCGGCCGUCAGCAACGGGGGCCUGGCCAGGGGCCGGGGCUAUGGCGCCGGCUUCGCGCUGGCGCAGGUGGCUGGCUCCUCCUCGCGGCCCAGCUCCUUCCACGAGCGCGCCUACGGGGCCCGGCAGAGCUUCGACACGCUCUCGCUGCGCUCCCUGCGGCUGGCCGAGGGGCCGAGCCGCCCCGGCGCCGGCGAUGACCGCUACAGCAUCAUCUCAGAGCAGCUGGACCCCGUCCGACCCCUCUACAAAAGCCACGGCAGUGGCGGCUUCACCCGCUCCUACACCUUCGAGAGGCAGCUGAGCACCGGUGGCAGCGCCAAGGGCCCCUCCGACUGGCUGGACGGCGGCGAGGUGACGCAGAGCCGCACCAUCCGGGCGCCCGCCAUGCGCACGCUGCAGCGCUUCCAGAGCAACAACCGCUCGCGCCUCAGCGCCGGCUCCUUCAGCAGCAUGUCGGCCGCCGCGCCGGCCGGCGGCGGGAGCGCCUACCUGGGCGCGGCGGAACACGGCUCCCGCGCCCCCUCCGUGCGCAGCUUGGCCGAGUCCGGCCACCACCUGCAGGACCAGCGCGCCGCCGACGUCUACAAUGGCCACAGCACCCUGCUCACCCAGCAGUCAGGAGGGUUUGAUGACAUCGACCUGCCCUCUGCAGUGAAAUACCUGAUAGCCAGUGACCCCAACCUGCAAGUCCUGGGGGCCGCCUACCUCCAGCACAAAUGCUACAGUGAUGGCAACGCCAAGAAGCAGGCUCGCAGCCUGCAGGCCAUGCCCAAGCUGGUGAAGCUGUUCAACAGCCCCAACCAGGAGGUACAGCGCCAUGCCACAGGCGCCAUGCGGAACCUCAUCUACGACAACGCAGAGAACAAGCUGGCUCUGGUAGAGGAAAACGGCAUCUAUGAGCUCAUGCGGACACUGCGGGAGCCAGAUGAUGAGCUCCGCAAGAAUGUCACAGGAAUCCUGUGGAACCUCUCCUCCAGUGACAACCUAAAGGAUCGCCUGGCCCGGGACACGCUGGAGCAGCUCACGGACCUGGUACUGGUCCCACUUUCUGGCCUGGGAGGCUCUGGUGUCAUUCAGCAGAACCCCUCCGAGGCAGAGAUCUUCUACAACUCCACGGGCUUCCUCAGAAAUCUCAGCUCUGCCAGCCAGCAGACCCGACAGAAGAUGCGUGAGUGCCAUGGGCUGGUGGACUCCAUGAUCCAUUACGUUAACAGCUCCCUGGAAGUAGGCAAGUCGGAGGACAAGAGUGUGGAGAAUGCUGUCUGUGUCCUACGAAACCUCUCCUACCGCCUAUAUGACGAAAUGCCCCCAUCCUUGCUCCAGCGCCUGGAGGGCCACAGGAGGAACAACAACAAUGCCAUGACGGAGGAGCUGGUGGGCUGUUUCAGCCCCCAGAGCAAGAAAGCACGAGAGCACUACUUGAAUGCAGAUAUCGUCACCUUCACCGAAGUCUCCAAGGACCCCAAAGGCAUGGAGUGGCUCUGGAAUCCACAGAUCGUCGGCAUCUACAACCGGCUGCUGCAGCGCUGCGAGCUCAACAAGCAUACGACAGAGGCUGCCUCCGGAGCCCUGCAGAACAUCACGGCAGGGGACCGCAGGUGGGCGGGCGUGCUGAGCAGGCUGGCCUUGGAGCAGGAGCGCAUCCUGAACCCUGUACUGGACCGUGUGCGGACCGCUGACCACCACCAGCUACGCUCACUGACAGGGCUCAUCCGCAACCUGUCCCGCCAUGCACGCAACAAGGAUGAGAUGUCAACUAAGGUGGUCAGCCACUUGAUAGAGAAGCUGCCAGGCAGCGUCGGAGACAAGUCACCGCCUGCUGAUGUCAUUGUUAACAUCAUCGCGGUGCUCAACAACCUGGUGGUGGAGAGCCCCAUGGCUGCUCGUGACAUCGUCUACUUUGAUGGCCUCAGGAAGCUCUUCUACAUCAAGAAGAGAAGGGACAGCUCGGACAAUGAGAAGUCCUCCAGAGCAGCGGCCAGCCUCCUGGGCAACAUGUGGCAAUACACCAAGCUCCACCGAGACUUCAAGAUGAAGGGGUACCGGAAGGAGGAUUUCCUCAGCCUGUAA